CUAGUAGAGUUUAUUAACUAUAAGUAAUGGAGGAGGAGCAAAGAGAAACUCAAGCUGACAUGCAAGAGGAGGAAAGAGAAGAAGAAGAAGAGGAUGUAAUUGAGAUUCAAAGUGAAGAAGAAGAAGAAGAAAAUAUUCACCGGUCACACGAUGUCCCUGUACUUCCUAAUCUAGCACUAGAAGCAAUUGAAAGACUCAGAGAGAACCCACCAUUAGAUGAAGACUCGUUAUGCGAUGACUUUCAACCGACCAGAAAAAAGAGAAAGCAGAAUCAAAAGAAAGACAUGAGCAUGUCAGACGAAAACGAGGGUCAGACUUGCUCUAUAUGUUUUGAGGGUUGGUCUAAUUCCGGGAACCACAGGAUUGCGUCGCUUAGGUGUGGACACCUUUUUGGAUACAUAUGCAUAGAGAAGUGGCUAAAGGGCCAAGGAGAGAGGUGUCCCCAAUGCAAUGCAAAGGCAAAGAAAGGAGACAUUAGAAUCAUUUACACAAAGUCAAUAUCAGCCAUCGAUACGACCGAGAGGGACAGAGCACUCAUGGAGUUAGAGGAAGAGAAGUUGGCUAGAAUAGCUGCACAAAAGUCUGAGGGACAAGCUUUGAUACAAUACCAGCUAGCAAAAGCAGAAUGCGAGAGAGUGAAGGAGGAACUAAGAGCUUGCAAGCAACAGUUGGAGCAGUACAGAGGUAGAGGCAUUGUAUCUGAGCCUGCACUCACCAAUACUCCUGAAGCAUGCCAGGGGAUAUUCCAACCAUACAAAGUUAUACCCAUAUCAUCAACUGGCGGUGCUCGUGUCCUUGGGUUACAGGAUUCUAGUAUGUUAGUUGUCUCAAGACCUUCGUCUAACAGUCUCUUCCCUGGGUUUGGCCUUACAAAGAUUAGUUUACUUGAUGACAUGAGAAGCAGGGAAUUUGUACGCAUUCAUGACAAGUGCAUACGUGACGUUCAGUUUAGUCCUCAAGGAGGAAACCAACUGGUACUCACGACAGGACUAGAUAAAACACUCCAACUAACGAGCCUCCAGAGUAACAUAGUCGUACAAAAAUAUUCGUUACCAGCCCCAGGUUGGUCGUGCUGUUGGGACACAGAUGAGUCCAACUAUUUCAUGUGUGGACUAGCCAAUGGGUCUCUCUAUCAGUAUGACCUGAGAAGGACUGAUAGUUAUCUCUCUGAAAUAAAGAGCACCACCUCCUCCUCAUCAUCUGUUCCCAUCACUGCUCUUACUUAUGUUCCUUUCUCUCGCUCGUCCUCGUUAAGCUGUAGUGGUAUAUUGGCUGGUACUUUGGAUGGCGGAUUAUUUUGGGAGAAGCCCUCAGCCAGUGAAUCUUACAAACUCCACCCCUUUAGCUAUCUUUCUGGUAAUUGUACUAGUAUAUCAUUUGAGCCUGUCACCAGACACUGCAUGGCUUCCUUUAGACCCUCAAAGCGAUUGCCGGCCUCAAGACACAUAGUUUGUCAAUUAAAGAACACUCCAUUAACUGAGCCCAUCUCCUGUCAGGUAGUUCAUUCGUUUAACGGAGGAACAACCAACAGGGUACUCUCCCGAUCUCUUCUCUUUCAACGUCCAGGGACUGUAGGCCAACUACUGGUUGCUUAUGGGAACGAAUCACUUAAUAAGACUUGUCUUUGUGAUGUUGGUAGCGCUGCUGCCAUUCAGAACUUAUCAACUGAUCGUGAGCCUUGUCUUGAUAUUGUAUCAAUUACUCAUCCUAACGAGAGGGAUGCACUCCUAGCACUUUUAACUGAGCAUAAGCUGCACCUGUAUCAAUGGACUUAAUAAUAUCUGUUCUUUGUCGUUCCUCUCACUCUCUCAAUUAAUUUUGUUUAAAAUUAUGUACUAUAAAGAAAUAAU